GUUGACAUCGAUAUUGUCUGCUCUCUCUCUCUCUCUCUCUAUUCAAACUUCAAACAUAUCUUAUACUCAAAUUAUUUCAUUGAGUGAUAUAUUGAUUGCCAUCAAAGCAAAGGAUAGUUUACAUUGUGUUUGCAUUCGUUGCAAACCGCAAACCACUUCACGCCUUAAGACUAAACAAAAACUUUAGAUAAGUUUAUAACGAGAAAUGGAAACCGAGAUAAAGAGUGUCCCCAAAGGAGAUGAUAACUCCAUAGGCGACGGAACGUCACUAUUGGCCACUCAAUGCGGAACCGGUGCUCAAAAGCGACAGAGGAAGUCGACCGCUCCCGUACUUCAGCGCAUUCGACCCAUCAGUAAACGCAAAAAAUUCAAGAAGUCUUUGGGUCCGGACUUCUUAGAGCCCGCGGAACUGGGAAUGCAAUACUUGCGCGACACGUAUGAACCAAAGUGUGAUAUCUGUUCUCUCACUAUGUUUUCGUCGCACACUUCACUCAAUGUGUGCGAAGAACUCCUUCACUGCACCAAUUGUGACGCUAAAGCACAUCCGAGUUGUGUGAAUGUGAGUGAAGAGGAAGUGGUCCAUAAGACUCAAUGGCAGUGCCAUAACUGCAAACUCUGUUCUGUUUGUCGCCAAACCGAUACCAAUGAAUACGUUAUCAUAUGUUUGACUUGUAGUAAAGGAUUUCAUGUGAAGUGUCACUCGACUCCUAUUAUUAACAAACCGAAGGGGAACUGGUAUUGUCAGAGCUGUUGCAGCAAAAGGUCCACUCAUUCAUCUCAACACACAAAUGGAUCGACUGAUAAAAAGGCUGUUUUAUAUGCAUCGGACGACUCGUCACAAUCGGCUGAAAACGACAGUACAGUCAACAGUAGAGAGUAUAAGAAUUUUAAGUUAUUUACUGAAAACGAUUCCAAUUGCGAAACCAAUGAAAAGGAUAGAAGUGUUUCCGGCGAUUCUUCCACUUCUCUAAAAGAUAUCAAAAAUAAUAAAGAAUUCAACGAAGAAGUCGGUGACAAUCAAAACGACUCAAUCAGUGAGAAUAUGGAGAUAACGAAUGGAAUCCAUUGUAUUAAAGAUGAAAACAAUGUCGAAGAAGAAGAAGCCAAUGAAGUGGACGGCGAGUCCAAAGCUCUGAGUGAUUGCAACCAAAGCCUCAACACAACAGUGACUCCGCAGAAGUGGUCUGUGGAAGAAGUGGAAUCAUUCAUACGCGACGCUGGCUUUCCGUCGGAGUCACAGAUAUUUAAAGAGCAAGAAAUCGACGGAAGAUCUCUAUUAUUGUUAAGACGAAUGGAUGUACUGACGGGACUGUCACUGAAAUUAGGUCCGGCUCUCAAAAUAUACAAUCAUAUAUCGCGUCUUCAGGGACGCAACACUUCACACCCAUCACACGCCGCACAACCAACCACUAGGUGUUAACUUCUACCUAACUUAUACCUGUAUAUUAGUAACACAUUUCUAGUGACAAAAUGUUGGCUUUGCGUUCAAUUCUCAAAUGAAGUCAUCGAUAGUAAU